UUCAUAAGGUGUAGUAACCAGGUGUGCGUCCAAUCAGUGGUACAGGUGAGGUGUGUAGUGCAUGUACUACUUGCGGAGCGUCAGAUGCUGGAAAGACAGACGGCGUGCAGUGACUAGCAGCGUGCAGUGUGUGGCAGGUUGGCAGUGAGACUCAGUAUGGUGACAAGGACACGAGGAGGCUGUUGAUCGGAACCUCACGCCCCUCACGCUCCCCUGCUAACUAAUGGCAACAAGGAUACUUUGCAGUAUCCACCCCGCGACACUCAACACACAGCCAUGCCGCUCCCCAAGGUGCUGGCUGCUGUCUGGCGCCUCGACAAGGGCGAAGAGCUGGAGUGCUUCACCAACGAACGCCCCGCCUUCGCCGCCCCAGGGAAUAUUAGGGGGCUGAGGAAGAGGAUCAUGCCCCACCGCCGCUCCUCCUCCCACGGGCGGCACCACAAGGCCUGCCCACAACUGAUGGCGGAGUCCAAGGUGAUGCUCAGGAAGAACCAGACUUGGCUCAGCCUGGAGGACUUGGCCGACGCUCCCCUGAGACCCGAGGUGGAGGUGCCGCUGCAUGGAGGCCUGAGCCUGGAUGGCCGCUCCGGCAAGCUGCUGAACACCAUCCCAGACACCACCCCCGCCACACUCAGGCUGGCCGCCCCUGACUCCACCACCCUGCUCUCCCCUCCGGCACCGGAAACGACUCCUCCUGCGUCGCCGUGUGCCGCCUCGCCCUUCUUCCAGGAACACAAGGACGCCGCCGCCAGCCCGCCGUCCGCGUACAUGCUGGAGUCCUCGGGCACGCUGACACCCGCCUCAGACGCAACGCUGAGCCGCGGCCCCUCCGUUGAGGUGCUGGCCACCUCACCCACGUCAGGCAGCGAUGCCUCCCCGUACAAAUCCUCGCCUUCCUUCACCAUGUGCCGCAGGGACUCCGUGGACAGCCUCUUCAUAUCCACGGUGCCCGGCGUCCCCUCCCCGCCAGAGUAUGAGGAGGUGGUGGCGCCGCCCUCCAUGGCGCGCCUCAGCCCCUUCAAGCGACAGCUAUUCGUCCUCCUCACCCGCCAGUCCGCCCUCGUGUCCCGCGUCACCCACCACUCGCGGCGCCUCAUGCACGUGGUGGACACCGUCGCACAGUUCACCGCUCACAGGGACACAGCGCCUCCCACGCCCGCCACGCAUGACCCACUACGCCGCAGCGAGGUCCACGCCGCCACGGGACCCGCUGCUGCUGCUGAAUCUGAAGAAGACCUCGCACCGUGGAACACGGCCGUGCUGGACAUCCAGGGGCGCAGGGCGGGGGAGCGGCAGGAGUCCAUGUGUGACUCUGGCGUGGGCUGCGACACUGACGAUGACGUGGCCUCCUCCCUGUCCCGCUCCUCCACCUACACCGCCAGCGACGACGGCGAGGAGCUCAUCGACGAAGUGUUAUGCGGGAAUCGUGUAAGCCAGAUGACCAAGACUUACAAUGACAUCGAUGCAGUAACAAGACUUCUGCAGGAGAAAGAGAAGGAUCUUGAGCUUGCUGCGAAGAUCGGCCAGCAGCUCCUGAACCGCAACAAGGCACUAGAAGAACGCAAUAACCUCCUAGAUGCCGAGCUCUCCGCAGCCACAGACACCAUCACCCAGCUCCGCCAUGACCUGCAAAUGAAAACAGACCUUCUCCAGAUAUACACCAACGAUGUCGACGAAAGCAGCUGUGAAACCACACCCACCACCAUCCGCAACAUCAAUGUGGAGGUCCUGCAACACCGCAUCAAGAACCUGGAGGAUGAGAACCGAUCACUCCAUUCCGAGGCAAAGCAGAUUGCCAACGACACAGAGCUUUGCGAGGACAAGGAGAAGGAGUUGAUGACCGAUGUGAUUAAACAGCUGAGCGAUGCAAACACACAGGUGGGUCAACUUAGCGAUGAGCUGGCCAAGAAGGUGGAGGACUCACUGCGGCAACAGGAGGAGAUCACCCAACUCCUGGCACAGGUGGUGGAUCUGCAGUCACGGAACAAGCGAAUGCUGGGGGAGAAUGACGAACUGGCCAACAUGGUGGGUGUGGCGCGCGACUGCCAGCAGGAACUGACGAUGGAGUUGGCCGAGCUGAAGGAGAAGUAUGCUGAGGUGCUCGACUUGCUGCAUGACACCCAGGACCAGCUGAGGCGGGUGCAGAAAAAGAACCUGCCAGGAAGUCGAGGCCACCACCUUGGCAGCAGCCUCUACAGCUCCCCCUUCAACUCCGGCAACGACUCCAUCGCCAGCGAGCUCAACUCCCUCAAUUCACUCGGAGAGGAGCAUGUCAAAGGGCGGAGCAGUAACAUGAUCCGCACGUUUGACAUGGUGCGCGUGAGUGGCAAACACUCCGGUUUGGGCUCACAGGGUUCCCUCAACUCCCUCGGCUACGGAGGCUCAGUGCACUCCACCCCCACCCACCACCCGCACACCCCCUCCCACAUGGCAGCCACGCACAUGACUAACAGCGGCAGCGGCUAUGCCAUGUCCUACCUCGGCUCGCGUGGGUCAUCAAUCUACUCUGGGGGUUCUGGCCACCCGUCCUUGGAUUCUGGUGCAGACUCUGACGCUUCCAUGCACACUGACUCUGAGGACAAUUAUCCGGGCAGCCACCUGGGUGUGCCUGGCUGGCCUGGGACACCAGACCUGGACUCCUGCCUGCGGCGUCUGCAGCCCGGGGACCGCUCCGGCACACCCUCACAGUUCCUGCCCUAUGGCUGCCGCACCCCAGACUCCAUCAUGUCCACUGGGAGUGGAAAAUCAGGCAUGAGCUCCUAUGGCGGCACCAAUGCCAAUGACUGGAAGCUGCCACAGAAGCUGCAGAUUGUGAAGCCCAUUGAAGGCUCCCUCACACUGCACCAGUGGUCCCGCCUGGCCACACCACACCUCGGGGGCUUACUGGAGGAGAGGGAGGGCGUCGCCAUCAAGGGUGGCAUGGGCACUGAUCUGAACCUCGAGGUGUACUCCAUGUCAGACCUGGAGGAGGACGAGGCGGAGGAGGAGCACCCCGGCAAGAGAUUCAUGUCCACCUCAGGAGUGUUCACCUACACCAACUCCACCGUCCUGCACCCUGAUGACCAGACCACCUCCACCCCAAGCGUCCGCCAAGCUCAAGUGAGUGUGUUGCCAGCUUCCCUAGCCCACAGCACCACCACCCCCAGCACCCCAAUCCGAGCCCCCUCAUGUCCUCCAUCCCGCCGUGGGUCAACAGCCACCUUCUCCGUCAACACCGGUCUGGCCAAGGUUCUCAAUGAGCGGGGGAUGAACCAGCAGAGUUGCUUCUCCCCCACUGCCACACCAGCCAACAGCCCAUCAGCCUCCAGGCCGGGGUCUCCUGAGCCUGAAGGGUACAAGCUGCCAGGCUUGGAAGACCUCACCAAGACCUUCUACUAUGGCGCCAGUCUGCUGCGCCGCACCUUCUACAAGGACGACCCCUCAGCGCCCCAGUCCCCAACUGGUCCUCGGGUCAACCUGGUGGAGCAGGUGCAGGCCAUCGGCGUGGACCGCUUUGUGGGGCUGUCUGGCGGGGCACUCACUGUUGGUGGCGUUGUGACCUCCAGGCCAGCCACCUCCCCCCUCCUCCACCUCUCCAACCUCAUCAUGAGCAGUGCCAAGAACAAUAACACCAGCACCACCACCGCAGCCGCCACCACCAACACCACCACCACAGACUCUGGCAACAACCGCCCCCGCACCAGCGGUGUGUCCUCCCCACCCAAGAUCAUGUCCCCCGGUGAGCGUCGCCCCACUCUGCCCUCCGGCGCCCCUAUGGGUAUUCCAGGUCACCCGGGAUCAGGUCAUCUCGACAACCGUCUCAGCCAGCUCAAGCCAGGCCAGCGGGCCGACCUGGGAACUGUUGGAGGGCGGCCCCGCCCCACCACUCUGGGAUCAGUGCCCCCGCGGCCUGGUGCCAGUGCUGCCGACCUCAAUGUUGGCACUGUGGGCUGGACCUCCUUUGGCCGCAAGGGUGGUCUGCUGUAGGCUGGUGUUCCUCCUCCUCCUCCUAGGUGCUGACCUGCUAAGUAUUGUGAUUGUAGAUAUCUUUGACAUUUUUUAAAAUAUGAUAAAAAGUUUUAAUUUAAAAUGUAAACCUUUGGAUCAAAGUUGCCUUCAUAUCCCAAUGAAACAUAUGAAUCGUUAGCACCUUGCAAACCAGGCUGUGGACUCAAUAUUCAUUUCCCUUUGAAGGACAGCAUUCACCAAUCACUUUUUGGACUAGACAUAUUCAAUGAAUCUUUUAGGAAAUAGAGGUCUAGAAUAAGGAUUUAUUUUAGUUACUGUGUAACUAGUCAGUAUGGGGAUCUAGGGAUCAGAAAUAUUAACAAUGGUAUAGAUUCAUUUGACUGAUUUUAAUGAUGGUUGUAGGAAGCAGAUCCAGAUAUAACAUGUACUGUACAUAGUGUUAGUUUUGCUUCUCUUGUGUUGGGCCACUGAAGUGAACGGCACAGCUGUGGCCACACCAUGCUUCCCACCAGCUGUUUUUUAUGUGACUUGAGUUCAGGUUUGCUCAGUUUGUGGUCAAUCAGUCAAAAUUGUGCCAAAUAAUUUAUAGAUGUUCUAAUUCUGCUGCUUGGUCACCUCCCCCCACAGCAGCUUGAGUGACUUUAUUCAGACGUGUGUGUGUAUGCGUGCGCGUGUGUGUGUAUGUGUGCGUGCUCAAAGUUCUCUCAGACAACAUGCCUAUCAACAAAUGCAUUUACAUACAUACAUACAUGAAGACUGCAACUGAUACUAAAACACCUUUACUUGACCUUCACCUUCUCAAACUAAGCCGUGUUCCCCAACCAGCCACGGCCUUCAAAGCAUCACAUGCCCCAGGGAAAAGAAAGGAAUGUUCCAAUAGAGUAGAGGCAACACAUCACAUGGUUUCCCCUUUGGUUGUACAAGCGGCAGAAGGGAUCUCGUGAUGGAGAUCCGGGCCUUCUAGUCACAGCUGAUGUUCCUUAAGUUUUCCCAGGACACUUGUUUUCAAAAGACUGUAUGGAAUUGGCUCUCCCUCCUCAUGACACUCCAAAAGUCAUUCGUUGUGUGUGUUACCCGACACAUGCGUCCAUCUGCUUCAUAUUUUUCAUUGAGGAAUGGCACGUUGUUUCCCUCCGUUUAGUAAUGUUGUUUCCCUUGCCCACUAGCGGCCCUCUGUCCCUACAGAUGGCCACACUAGUGCCCUUUGCUCCUCCUGUUGUGUUUGGUCACGCUAACCUUUUGGUGGGUUGCUCUUCUGCUAGACUGCUGGUAAAGAAGCUUGGUUUCUGUAGUAAUUGAUAACCCAUAUUGUCUGACUACUGUUUACUUUUAUUGUGUUGUUAGUAUUGCCAUUGUUUUAUGCUUGAAUGUUGGGUUUUGGGCAUCUGAAUUACUGCCAUCUGCAUUUAGUAACAUGUUAAGGUUCAAACACAUUUCUGACUUAGAUUGCAAGAUAGUCAGACUCAAUCUUCUGAGUUGCAUUCAUGUGUUCAUAUAUAGAUUUCAGUCCAUUCAUGCAAGAAAUGAGUAAAUACAUAAUUGUUAGCUAUCCUUGUUGAGUAAUUCCAGUGAUUUAGCUAUUUCAGUGGUUUGGCAUUACAGUGGUAUGGCCAUUAUAGGUGGCUUGGUAAAUUGAGUGGUUUGGUUAUUUCAGUGGUUCGGCCAUUAAGUGAUUUUGCCACUUCCUGACAAAUUUUUUGAAGGGUGACCCACCACAACAACAUGACAGAUCUUGGAAUAUCCAGCCGCCCUCAUCCCUAAAGCACAACUUUCACAGCCACACAACUUCUGCUGAGCGUGUGUAUGUGUGUGUGUCUGCGUGGUGGACCUCAUACCCAUGGCAGCUGAGUCUGGUGGCGCCAGGGAGUCUGUUCCUUCCCCAGUGUUCUGCCCGGCAUGUGGCGCCUCUUGGGCUCAGUGCUGGCAGCAACUUGCUUCUUUUAGCUGACUCUGCCUUGUAUUGUUGGUUCACAGUGGGACAUGUUUAUUUUCAGUCGUUGUACUUACUACCAUUUGUGCUUCAUUUUGUAUAUAUUGCAGUUAGUUUACUUAGUAUGUUUUAUUUCAAUGGCAAAACUGUAUCUCUAGGCAUACAACAAUCCCUGAGAUGAACUGUACGUCCCUGUAGUCUGUAGAACAUCGCCUCCCACCCCUUUUUUUUUUUUUCUUUUUUUAACCUUGUAUAUAUUUGACUUAGUUUUCAUAUACUGAGAAAUACAUAUUCAACUAGA